GGCCUCGGUCGCGAUGCCCGAGCGCACAACAAGACGACUAACAAUAAAAACUGAACGCUGUACGUAUUUUAUUAACACGAAAACGAUAUUACGUAUAACGUGAAUGGCAUAGAAAAUUACGAAAAAAAACCAAUUAAUACGUUAUAACGUAAAUGAAAAAUUAUCUUUCGACGUAAUGAUCUCAAUGUGAUUAGUAAAAUAGUUUUGUUGCAAAAUGAAGUUCACUAUAGACGUCCUUGGUGUUUUUCUUAAAGUUGUCGUCAAGAUCAACAGAGUCACGUUCGCUCCGUUGGUCGUAUCGACGCUUUUCAUCCUUCUGACGUCACUGCUGGCUCAUUGCGCCAGGCGGCUCGUUCACAAGACUAUUAACGAGCCAUUCGUUCGAUUGCUAUUCGAAGAACUAAUAGCAGCGGCUGAGCUAUGUGGGUGUUGCUUCGAGUUGAUUGUGGUUGCAGAUAAUUUCGGUGUGGCCACGUACGCGAUUUUCUUGUUCGCCCUAACGAUAUGGUGGUCUGUGAACUGGGGCGACGCUACUGCCUGCCCUUACACGCAUAUCGAAGACGUCAUUGAAGGCAAAGGUGAUAUUCGCAAGGCCCUUCUCAAGACUUGGGCUGAGUUGACCGGAGGUUUGUUGGUCUUUAAGUACGUUCAGUUGUAUUGGGCCCUCGAAAUCUCCGAGACCCAUAAAGACAAAGCCUUUGAGGAGUGCAGGGCUGAUCUGCAGGUCCCAGUUAUCUAUGGAGCUAUUAUCGAAGGUAUAGCGACCUGUCUCUGUCGGUUAGUUUCAAAGUCCUUGGGUGACUUGAACCCUCGCUUCGCCACCGCCAUUGAUGCCUUCAUUGGCACAUCGUUAGUUGUUGCCGGGGUCCUGACUAGGCACACUGUAUUCGUCUACCGCUAUCAGGAUAAUACUGCAAAUGCCGAUUUAAGUGUGUCCGUGUUUUGCAAAGUACAUUUAGGAAAAGCUUUUGACUACUCGGGUGGAUACUUCAACCCAGUUCUGGCCACCUCCCUCAAGGCUGGAUGCGAAGGUCACACUCUCAUGGAACACGCUGUGGUGUACUGGAUCGGAGCUUGCGCUGGGUCAAUUCUCUCUGUCUACAUGUACAAGCUACCUGCCAUCCAGAGGUACGUCAGAGGAGGCGCUGUAGCUAACGGAGACAGCAUUUGGGCGGAUAAAGAAGACUAAACAUCGCCAACAAAUGAACGAAAGAAGAUAUUUUUCGAUUAAAAGUACUAAAAAAAUCAUCGACAUCUUUUACAAUAUUUCUCUCUUUGUUUGAAAGAAACAACUUAGAGAGCGAUGAAUUUUAAUUUAAAAAAAAAUUUAAAAUAAAAUGGUGCGCGUGCAACUUGGUGCACGUGAAAGAAGUGAAACUUCUUUUGCGGUAUGUAGUAUUGUGGUUUUCUUCAUUUUACACCCUUAAAUCAAAUUUCUCUCGUAAUAGGAAAUGCUGUGCUUAAGAGAAUCGAACUAGCUCGCUUUCUCCUUUCCCUCUCUUCACGGUCGAGUGGUUCGCGAGAUGCUCGGUCUAUUUUCUCACUCUCACUCUCGCUCUUCCUAAAUUGUAUAUUUUCUCUCUAGCCGUAACGAAUCUUUCACGAAUUAAAUUUUAUUCUCAACGUGCCUAAAGAAGUUUCACUUCAAUAAAACUUCAUAGUUUAUAAAACUCUAUUCUCUGCUUUUUUGCUCACUACGUUAAGUACUUCUUUAAUUGUUGUAGAUAUAUCUUAAACAUGUAACAUCUCAAAUGCACUUGAAUAAUCUUUAAAAGAGAUUUAUAAACGAUUCAUAAAUGUCACUUUACACAGAACAGAGUUUGUAAGUAUAAAAAAAGGAACACAAUAUUCCUAACCUAAAAGUACAUGUUAUUAUCCGCAACAUGUUUCGUCAAGUUUGUAAGUUACUGUAGCAGCGCUAGGGACUUGGCAUUAUCUGUGAGCUAACCGUCCAUUAAUAGCUGUAACAAUAAUAUACAAUAUGAUGAUGUAGGAAAUUUAAAAUACUAUCAAUAACUUUCGGGUUCUCUCUAAAAAAAAUUUUAGUGUACGCCAUAUUGAAAGAACUAACUUAGUGAGUCAUUUACAAUAAGUCUCAUUUAUAAAUCAUUCUUUUAACUUAUUAUUACUUGUUUAUUGAGAUUAUGUUCUAGUCAAAAAUUUAUCAAGAAUUGUUAAGUUUUCCACUUUCCUAUUUAUGUAUUACGUUCUGUAUGUUUUAUUUGAAUGUUAUCGAUAAAUUUUUUUCUAAGAGAUUAUAAUAAGUGUUACGUA